CUGACAUUGCUAAGUCAGAACAGAAUCGAACUCUCUUUUUCUUCUUCAUUUUCUCUUUGCUUUGAUCAAACAGAAAAAAGGGAAAUUAAAAAAAAAGGAGGAGAAAAAUAAAGGAAAAGAAAACAACAGAGAAGAAUCAUUUGUUUGCAGCAGCCAGCAGCUCCCUUGUUCUUCAUACUUCUGCAAGUGUGUUGGUGUACUACUGACAGCAGAGCAAUUACUGAGAAUUUCAUAGUAUUCAUUGAUUGAGAAUGGACCAGCAAGGGCAUGGUCAAGCCCCGGUGGUAGGAACAGUAAGUGGCGCCGGGCAAGUUCCAUAUGGUGGCGCAUACCAACCAAAUCAAGUUACUGGGGCGCCUGUAGUUACUUCUGUGGGUCCUGUCCAUGGUUCUGCACAACCUUCUGGGGCACAGAUGGCUCAACACCAGCUUGCUUACCAGCAGAUCCAUCACCAACAGCAGCAGCAGUUGCAGCAGCAACUCCAGUCUUUCUGGCAGAGCCAGUAUCAGGAUAUCGAGAAGGUCACUGAUUUUAAGAACCACAGCCUUCCCUUGGCGAGGAUCAAGAAGAUCAUGAAGGCGGAUGAGGAUGUCCGUAUGAUUUCGGCUGAAGCUCCUGUUGUGUUUGCAAGGGCAUGUGAGAUGUUCAUACUUGAGCUGACCCUACGAUCAUGGAACCACACUGAGGAGAACAAGCGGCGGACCCUACAGAAGAAUGACAUAGCGGCCGCAAUCACAAGAACUGACAUCUUUGACUUCUUGGUGGACAUAGUUCCAAGGGAGGAUUUGAAGGAUGAUGUGCUUGCCACUCUUCCGAGAGGCACAGGUAUGCCUGUUGCAGGCCCUGCAGAUGCACUUCCCUACUACUAUAUGCCGCCGUCACAAAACCCGGGUCAGGCUGGACCUCCAGGUGUCAUGAUGGGAAAUCCUAAUGCAUAUGGCGCGCAGUCUCAGCCUUAUAUGGGUCAGCCAAUGUGGCCUCAGGCACCACCUCAGCGGCAGCAAUCUUCUUCUGAUGCUUAGUGUCCUCCUCAAAUGUAAAGAUGGGAGAGAGGACGUGGAUGCUAGAGUUGCUGAAAUGCGUGCUGAGGAUAGAGCAGCAAUUUGAUUAUCUGGGAAUGACUACCUUUAUCUUUGGUAGAACCUGUUGUGUAGUUUGUUGUUUAACCUCUGUUGUUAUUAUGAGGUACUUGAUUUAAUGGCUGUCAUUAAUAGCGCUCUGCUACUAGAGAUGGAUUAGUUGGUCUUUUCUUAUCGAAUUAGGAUGGCAUAAUUAGGACAGUUACUUCUGUUUUGGAUUUUCUAUACUCUUUCCUGCCAUUGAAGCCUUUUGGAAGAUUUAAUGCAUAAGUUGGUCUUCUUUACAGAUA